ACAAAUUAAUCGGAAGUUGCUUGUCAAAAACGCUGCAUUGAGCUUUGGUUACGCGUGCUUGUUUCACGAAAAUAAAUCGGAAUUAAAGACUAAUUUUUGGCCCUGGAGUCUUUUAGUUCGUUUGAAAAGAAGUAUGGUCCGCAGCGGGCGUGACCGAGACAGGGACCGCGAUCGCAGGCGGUCUCAUAGCCGGUCGGCGUCCCCUGACCGCAAGCGCCGCCGGUCGCGAUCCCGUAGUCGCGACCGCAGUCGUGACCGCGCUUCCAAGUCCUCGAAGCGAAAGCGUAGUCGCAGCAGGGACAGGGAGAGAGAGUCUAAGAGAGAUCGUAGUCGAGACAGAGAUAGAGACAGGAAAAGUGACAAGAGAGAUGACAAGGGCAAAAGUAGUAAGUCAUCCAGGAAGAAGUCUCCGGACAAAGAAAAGGACAGAGACCGAUCUAAAUCCAAAGAAAAGUCUCUCAAAGCUGAAUCUUCUGAAUACAACUUAGGUUCCUCUGUUGAUAAGGAGGAGGAACAGAAUCGCUUAGAGGCUGAGAUGCAAAAACGUCGUGACCGCAUAGAGCGGUGGCGUGCAGAGCGCAAACGUAAAGAAUUGGAGUCUACUAAGAAGGAAGUCCAGAAAGGCAGUCUUGUCAACAACAUUCAAGUGCCCACUGCCAAGAAGUGGUCACUCGAAGAUGAUUCCGGCGAUGAAGGAGAGGAUGGGGAAGCCAAAGAGAAACCAGCAGUUGUAGAGGAAAAGAAGGUAGUAGAAGAAGAAGACGAAAUUGAUCCGUUAGAUGCUUACAUGCAGGAGGUGCAACAGGAGGUCCGUAAAGUGAACCAAAUGGAUCAGGAGCGCGGGAUCAGCGUGCCGACUACUGGUGGCCCAGGCAUCGUCAUUCUCACAGGCACGGCCAAGAAGAAAAUCUCCGAGACUAAGAAUAAAGGUGAAUUAAUAGAACAGAACCAGGAUGGACUAGAAUAUUCCUCGGAAGAAGAGACUGAAGACAUCAAGGACCAAGCAGCCAAUCUCGCCUCCAAGCAACGGAAGGACUUGGCUAAAGUCGACCACUCCACUUUGAAAUACAUGCCGUUUAGAAAAGCUUUCUACACAGAGGUGAAUGAGCUAUCAAGAAUGACAACGGAAGAAGUGGAAGCAUACAGGACUGAGUUGGAGGGCAUCCGCGUCAAAGGCAAGGGGUGUCCCAAGCCUAUCAGGAGCUGGGCGCACUGCGGUAUCAGCAAGCGAGAGAUGGAUGUCCUCAAGAGACUGGGCUUCGAGAAACCUACUCCCAUCCAGGCGCAAGCUAUCCCUGCUAUUAUGUCUGGGAGGGACCUAAUAGGCAUAGCAAAGACGGGUUCCGGCAAGACCUUAGCGUUCAUUCUGCCGAUGUUCCGACACGUCCUCGACCAACCGCCGUUAGAGGACACCGACGGGCCGAUAUCGCUCAUAAUGACGCCUACAAGAGAACUCUGCAUGCAAAUCGGCAAGGAUAUCAAGAAAUUUGCCAAGUCUCUAGGCUUGAGGGUCGUUUGCGUUUAUGGUGGUACUGGAAUUUCCGAACAGAUUGCGGAGUUGAAGCGCGGCGCAGAGAUGAUAGUGUGCACGCCGGGUCGUAUGAUAGACAUGUUGGCUGCCAACUCCGGCCGCGUGACCAACCUGCGGCGGGUCACUUACGUAGUGCUCGACGAGGCGGACAGGAUGUUUGACAUGGGCUUCGAACCACAGGUAAUGAAGAUCAUAGACAACAUCAGGCCGGACCGGCAGACGGUGAUGUUCAGCGCGACCUUCCCGCGGCAGAUGGAGGCGCUCGCUCGCAGGAUACUGCAGAAGCCCAUCGAGAUACAGGUUGGGGGCAGAAGCGUGGUCUGCAAAGACGUGGAACAGCACGUGGCAAUUCUGGAAGAAGAGGCAAAGUUCUUCAAGCUUCUGGAGCUGCUCGGUCUGUACAGUCAGAUGGGCAGCAUCAUAGUGUUCGUCGACAAGCAGGAGAACGCUGACAGUCUACUCAAGGACCUGAUGAAGGCAUCGUAUUCUUGCAUGAGCUUGCACGGAGGGAUUGAUCAAUUCGACAGGGACUCUACCAUCGUGGACUUCAAGAAUGGCAAGGUGAAACUCCUCGUUGCUACCAGCGUCGCGGCGCGGGGUCUAGACGUCAAACAACUUGUACUAGUCGUCAAUUACGACUGCCCGAAUCACUAUGAAGAUUAUGUGCACAGGUGCGGUCGCACAGGCCGCGCUGGCAACAAGGGCUACGCGUGGACGUUCCUGACGCCGGAGCAGGGCCGCUACGCGGGCGACGUGCUGCGGGCCUUCGAGCUGGCCGGCGCCGUGCCGCCGCCGCAGCUGAGGCAGCUGUGGGACACAUACAAGGAGGCGCAGGAGAAGGACGGCAAGAAGGUGCAUACCGGAGGCGGGUUCAGUGGGAAAGGCUUCAAGUUCGACGAGUCGGAAGCUCAAGCGGCAUCUGAGAAGAAGAAAUACCAGAAAGCGGCGCUCGGCCUGCAGGACUCUGACGACGAGGACGUGGAGGGCGACCUCGACCAGCAGAUCGAGACCAUGCUCGCCGCCAAGAAGAUUGUCAAGGAGAUCAAACCCGGAGUAGCGGCGCCAGGUGUACCGGCGGCGGGCGCGGCGCCGGUGGGCGCGGUGGCUGACGCAAACAAGCUGGAACUCGCUCGAAGACUUGCUUCCAAGAUCAACAUCGCCAAGGGACUCGGGUCUGAAUACAAAGGCGCCACGCAGCAAGCAGCCGAGGCCAUAUUGAAGGGCGCUCCAUCUGCACAUACUCUUAUUACGGCUAAGACAGUAGCGGAGCAGCUGGCAGCAAAAUUGAAUACUCGUCUCAACUACCAACCUCGCGACGAGAGCGCGCCCGAGCCCGCCGAGGAGGUGUUCCGCAAGUACGAGACCGAGCUCGAGAUCAACGACUUCCCGCAGCAGGCGCGCUGGCGCGUCACCAGCAAGGAGGCUCUCGCCCUUAUCAGCGAGUAUUCAGAAGCGGGUAUCACAGUACGAGGUACAUACGUCCCACCAGGGAAGACACCGCCCGAAGGAGAGCGUAAACUGUACCUCGCCAUAGAAAGCUCGCAAGAACUCGCCGUCGCGAAAGCCAAGUCAGAAAUCACACGGCUCAUCAAGGAGGAACUGCUCAAACUGCAGACCUCUGCCCAUCACAUGAUCAACAAAGCUAGAUAUAAGGUCAUCUGAAUGUCAAUGUCAAUAAAAGUGCUCGUGGAUAUUUA